UGGAGUUCUUUUUUUUCCAAAAGUAUUUUUUAAAGUUUAUAAAUUAUAAUCAGGCAAUUGCCAUUUACCCUUGAGCUUUAUGUUUGAUCUGUAGAAAAUAUAGCUGGCAAAGCUAAACGAACAUUUCUUUUCCGCAUGGUUCACAGAUCUAUAAACUGGGUCCUGAAUGACAGGCUGUAGCUAGCCGGUGGGUGCCUGUAAGCUAGCUGAUCUGAAGACGACAGCACCUGUUUGGACUCUCACUAAAACGUGCUGGGGUCACAGUUUUUCAUGUUUUUAGCUCGCUCAUUGGUCAAGAUGUCAAGUCACAAUCCCUUGUUAAGGCUGGAGCAGCGUGCAGCUGAGGCUGACCAAAUCAUCGAGUACCUCAAACACCAAGUUCAGCUGCUAAAGGAGAAAGCCAAUGCUCAGGCCUGCGUACGAGAGGAGAAGAAACUGAUGAUGGAGAACGCCAAACUAAAGAAUGACAUCGACGAGCUGAAAAAACAGCUGCUGGAGAAAGAAAAGCACAGAGGCGUACGAGACAUUGACAUGCCAUCAGGUGGUGCCAAUGCUGAAAUCUGUUCCAAACCCACCCCUCCCAAACCUUCUGGUCCAAACCCCCCUGCUACUACUGCUGCUGCUGCUGCUGUCCAGAGCCCCCCUCCCAAAGAUGAGGGUAAAAAGAAGAAGCAAGAGAAAAAAGGAGAGAAAGUGGAGAAGAAGCAGGCAGCGCCCAGCCAGGAGGAAGCCAAGGUGGACGUGUCCCGUCUGGACUUGCGUGUUGGUCGUAUAAUCACAGCCGAGAAGCAUCCGGAUGCUGACAGCCUCUAUGUGGAGCAGGUCGAUGUGGGAGAGGCUGCUCCCAGGACGGUUGUCAGCGGACUAGUCAAGCACAUACCGGUGGACCAGAUGCAAAACCGCAUGGCAGUCCUACUUUGUAACCUUAAGCCAGCCAAGAUGAGAGGCGUGGUUUCUCAGGCUAUGGUCAUGUGCGCAAGCUCGCCGGACAAAGUUGAAAUCCUUGAUCCUCCAAGUGGAACAUCACCAGGGGACAGAAUUACUUUUCAGGGCUUCCCAGGUGAACCAGAUAAGGAGCUGAACCCCAAAAAGAAAGUGUGGGAGCAGGUUCAACCAGACCUGCGCACAGACGACCAGUGUGUUGCAACCUACAAGGGUGCUGCCUUUGAAGUCGCCGGCAAAGGAGUGUGCAAAGCCCAAACUAUGAGCAACAGUGGAAUUAAAUGAAAUUGCAGAGCUGCUUAAAAUAGCUGUGUUUACUUGGCAAUUGUCUCCUCUGAUGACCAUGAUGCUGUUGAGCUAGAGGAUGGUGAUGAAUGGAUGUAAAUGCUUAAAAGAUGUUCAAUAAAGGGUUUGAAAUUA